CCGGUGCAAGGUACACCAGAGUGUAGUGUAUUUUUACCAAAGUUUUCGACAAAUUAUAGUUAAAAAUUGACCAAAAGGUUCCAAUCAUUAAAAACAGAAACAUAAAUUAUCUGUAAAAAAGCACCAAUGAAGCAUCAACAAGUGGUUCCCGAUUACGGGGCAAUGUUACAAACUUCGGGCACAGUUCUGUGUUUGGUACUUUCCGGAUGGAUUUUAUUUCGUUUAGUACAAGCAGUGUUCUGGCUACCAGGGUAUUUAGAAAGAACCCAAAGUGAAUUGUACGAACAGUUGGAAAAUAAAACGAACAUAACAACGCAUUUGAAGAGCAACAUCAAGGCUCAGGAAGAAAAGAUUAAAUCGAAAGGCUAUAGCUUCGACGAGGAUACCCAAACCAGAAGUAGUUCUCCUAAGGAUGACGAAUACGAGUUAGAUUAUUGCGGUGAUAUCAGUAAUGAUGACGAUAAAAAACACAUCUAAGAAAGUUUGGUUCAGU